AUGGGGGAGGUGGGUGGUCGGGCAGCUGUGACUCUCAGUGAGAAGACAUCCCAGGACCUUUGGGAGGAGACCCUGAGCCUGAACUUGAAGGGAGACCAGCUCCUUCCAAUGUGGAGGACACUGGACAACAGCCCAGCUGCCAUAGGACCCAAACCUGAAUACAAAGAGAUGGCCUUGGACAUCUGGAGACCCUUGUCCCAGGAAUUGGUGACAAUCAAGGAUGUUGUGGUGGACUUCACUGAGGAGGAGUGGGGACUCCUGGACCCUUCUCAGAAGGAGCUGUACAAGGAGGUCAUGCUGGAGAAUGUCCAGAACCUACUGGCCCUGGCUACAGAAACUGCAUUCAUAGUAAAUGAGAUGAGUAAAAAGCUGGGAAUUUUUGUGGAAGAACACGACCUACAAAGAUUCAUGGAUGAUGGUCCCUUUGACUUCAAUUUGAAGGAAUUGCAUGAUUUUAUUCUCAAAGAAGAUAAAUAUCCAAAGAGUGAUUGUGAACACUCUGAUCUUGCUGGACAUAUGAGAAUACACACUGGAGUGAAACGUUUUAAAUGUAAUCAAUGUGGAAAGGCUUUCACACGGAGUGCCAAUCUUGCUGCACAUCAGAAAAUCCACACUGGGGAGAAACCUUUUAAAUGUAACCAGUGUGGAAAGGCCUUUAUGUCCAGCUCCAAUCUUGUUACACAUCAGAGAAUCCACACUGUAGAGAAACCUUUUAAAUGUAAUCAGUGUGCAAAGGCUUUUAUAUUCAACUCCGAUCUUGCUAGACAUCAGAGAAUCCACACUGGAGAAAAACCUUUUAAAUGUAAUCAGUGUGCAAAGGCUUUUAUAUCCAGGUCUGAUUUUGGUAGACAUCAGAGAAUCCACACUGGAGAGAAACCUUUUAAAUGUAAUCAGUGUGCAAAGACUUUCACACGCAGUGACAAUCUUACAGCCCAUCAGAAAAUCCACACUGGAGAGAAACCUUUUAAAUGUAAUCAGUGUGGAAAGGCCUUUCUAUCCAGCUCCAAUCUUGUUACACAUCAGAGACUCCACACUGGAGAGAAACCUUUUAAAUGUAAUCAAUGUGCAAAGACUUUCACACGCAGUGCCCGUCUUGCUGCACAUCAGAGAAUCCACACUGGAGUGAAACGUUUUAAAUGUAAUCAAUGUGGAAAGGCUUUCAAACGGAGUGCCCGUCUUGCUGCACAUCAGAGAAUCCACACUGGAGAGAAACCUUUUAAAUGUAAUCAGUGUGGAAAGGCCUUUAUAUCCAGCUCUCUUUUUGCUAGACAUCACAGAAUCCACACCGCAGUGAAACUUUUUUUUUGAUGACUGUUUUUUUUUUUUUUUUUCUAUUUUGAGUAGGACAGAUUAGCAGUGGGAAGUAUACGAGCCAGAGGAUUGUUCCUCCCCUGAUCCUCUAAUCUAAAAUAAUAAGGAAGGCAUUAUUAUAGUAAUGAUCCAUGCAAUAGAAGGACUGAGAAAGCCUUGAAAAAUGUUUUAUUAAAUCCAUUACAGCUCAAAAAAGAAAAUCGGGCUUUGCAGAUUUGUUUUUUGACAUAUUUUUAUAUUUUCUGUAAAUUUAAAAAGUUCAUUUGAUUUCAUUGUAUGAAUUUUAAAAUUAAAAAGGAAAUCAGAUAUUGAUGGUUUCCUGUUAUUUUCACCAGUGUUGAAGAUAGUAUUACAAAAAUUAUUCCAUGAAAUCAUAACAUUAUUUUCAUGACAUUCUCUAUCUUUUAAAUCUAGAUCUUGAAUCAAUAAU